GUACAACUGUCACCCUCUGCCUCGGAGGUUGUUGCUGGCCGCGCUCUACCGUUUCGGCAUCAUGCCAUGGUGUCUUCAGUUUUCUUAGGAUACCUUCAGCUAUGGCUGUCAAAAUGUACUGUUGGAAUCCAGACGAAACAAGGCGAGCAGCCUGUUAUCUGAAGCUCAUGCUGAUCAAGUGUGAGCAUUCUCUGCCGCUGGAAGAGGUUAGACUUAAGUACAACUAAGAAGGAUGGUGCCCAGGGAUCAAGAAACUACCAAACUUGACAUCGCAGGCAACUAUGUACGAGAUGACGUGGUAGGCAGCCUCAUCCAGCUCAUAUCAGAGACUAGCGCUCUGCACACAUACACAGCCCAGCAGCUGUGGCGGCAGAUCUCCCAGGAAGACUUCAGUGCACGGCAACCCUUGGCACAGGUGGCUUGCUGGUGCAUGGGAGAGUUUGGCGACCUGCUCAAUUCUUCUGACGGGGCUGACGCAGAGCCUGUAAAUGUCACUGAAGAUGAAGUCAUAGAUUUUUAUGAGAAGAUGCUGAGCAACAAUCAAGUGCAGCUUGUAACAAAGGAGUAUGCAGUUACAUCACUAAUGAAAUUAAGUGUGCGCUUUGCAUCGUCUGCACCGUAAGUUGCUUUUUCUGCUGUGU